AUGACGACGCUAGUUGUUUCUGACCAGAGACAGUUACAAACUGUUCCCACUUCUGUCUCUGUCUCUUCUUCUUCUCCGGAACAUUCUUCAUCCAAGCAAGCAACUACACGGCAGACACAGACUGUAGCUUCAGCGUACAUGCCAACGGCUAUUAUUCCGACCACACCCCAUACUCCCAUCGACUCAACAGGCUUGGUCGACUCCUCUGCCUCUUCUUCUCCAACAUCUUCCUCCUCUUCCUCCUCUUCCUCAUUUUCAUCCUCCAUCGGUUCAGAACUUCCAAACACUGUGACUCUCAGCUUUUGUUCGCAGUUCUUUCAUAAUCAAAAACAGUCUCUACACAAGUAUCUGUUAAAAUUCUAUGGAUAUCUAGGCCAGUAUGUCGAAAACAAUCCUACUGUCCUUCUUGUCCUCCGGUACGCAAUCGCCUCCAUCCACGCCUUCAUCGUCUAUCUCUUAUCUGUCAUCCUCUCACUAGCCCAACUAAUUGUGAUCACUGCUACAAUUGAGAACCUGGGCUGGAUUCAGACCUACAGGCCCUUCAUGCGUGAAUGGGAUAAAUACUUUCCAGGAUUCGUGUUUCCUGCUCUGGAUAUCGAAUCUGAAAGCGAAGACGAUCCUCCUGAAGGGUCAGUGAAUAACCCCAUUAUUCACAAAGACGCGCGAUACUGGGCCUCGAAACGCAAGUUGAAGGAGUGUAAUGAUCAUGUUGAUAAUAGUUACCAUUUUGAAGAAUCAAAGAAACGGAUGACUAUCAAGCAAUCAAUGAAUUCGACACUUCGCCGACGACCUGCCAAAUUUCAGCAAGGGAUUCCUUCACUCUGGACUGCAGAAGAAGCUGAAACAUCCAAUGGCAUAGAAGUGGAGAGCGACCACACAAAAGGACAAGAUCAAAGUCCGAAAUCUGAGGAUACUGAAAGCCAUCUUAGUGGAAUCAGCUAUGCCACAACCAGGACAUCUUCAGGACAUCUGAAACCUAAGCACGUCACCUUUAACGAGGAGGUCUUGAUUUUUGAUCGCAAGCAACCAAACCAAUCCUUUGCUAAAGCUGCGUCGCCAAUGGCACCAGUCGAUCGUCAUGAUGGCUCUACAACCCAUAUCUCCAGGACUCUACCAGCUACUGAGGCGCAUGUUACACGCACAGGACUAGUCAAAGAUAUGGAUCCAUUUAUAACCUCAAUAUCCGCAAAACCAACUCCUGUGUCCCUCGACACUAUGGCCCAGGACGAAGCAGAAUACCAGCGUAGGACUGCAUCUGAAGAUACCAACGACUCGGGUAACACAUCCCCAACCUUCCAGCCAGAUAUCGAACAUACUUCAACCUCGCUCGCCCCAUCAAUUAUCUCGCCAAUCAGCUCCGACUCUCCCUAUCCUUCAUAUGCCACACUUGCUAGCCGUGUUGUCUCGAGUGCGACCGGGGACAUAACUAACUUGAGGCGUGCAAGCUCCGUUCCCCUCAAGAUCGGAUCUUUCUUUCACCGCCACAACCAUCAGAAUGGGUCUCAAAAGAAUACAUCACGACGUACCGCGACAUCCCUAGAGUCAGAUGCAAUGGCUCGAAACUCGAACAUGCCAGUAUCUCAGCUAUUGCAACCAAAUAAUCAAUCCAACGGGCCUGAUGUGCUUUCGGUUGAGACAGCAGAAUCCCAACGAGAAGCCCUGCCUCCCAGGUCUCGACCUAAGCGCUCAUUCUCUCUCGGAUUGAGUCGACAUCCUCAUCUAAGCAAGCAAAGUAAUACCGCAGGAAUGGGAGGCAGCAGUAAUGACAAGCACAAUAACUUUAUGUAUCGGAUAGCUCACCCUCAGCGUUACAAGCGGGAGAUGGAGCAACAUCUGUCACAGCAGGAGAAACAACGGCUCUUGACUUUGGCGCAGCUUCAGCACAGAGAGGUUUUGGAAGGCGGAAACGCAGCGACCAGCUCAGAAGCUCCAAUAGGCACGAGAACUGAGGAUGCUGUAUUGUGUGGCAAUGUAUGCUAUUAUGCGACUUCGGCAGAAUAUGUCGAAGGAAUUGGUGCACCAAACUCUGUGAUCUCAACCUCGGUAGGCAUAGCAUUUCCAAAGAAGCUUCAGCCCAAAAAGGGAAGGGGUAAAACCAUAUCCCUACGUCCUAUUAAUGUCUCUGGCCGCAGUCUUGCAACUAAAGAUGCCCGGUAUAGCUACAAGCCUCUGUUUAGACCAGACGAUACGUCGCAGUCCAUAUCUUCCUUGAUUCAGCCAUCCAAAGAGGUAUCUACUGUUGCAUCAACGAAUGGAACCGAAAGGGUAGAUGGCUGUGCCAAGAUACCUGACCUCUCCUCCUCAUCUACCGCAAACACUCACCGUCCCUCGCCUCUUAUCCGGACAAUCUCCAUCAAUUCCCGCAGUUAUACCAACUUUACGACCUUUAGCUUCCCCACACCCCCUCCGGCGCAGCAACUAGCUAUAAAGACUCCCACCAGUUUAGCUCUAUGUCCUAUGAUCACUAGUCAAGGCUCUGCGAUCGAGCACACAACAUUCGCAGCAUUUGGGUUUCCAUCUCCUAGCCCGUCUCCCAUCAAUUCUGCACCAGCUUCACCUCGCCACUCCAUUAGUUCAAUGCCAUUGGACAUUUCUAAUCGGAUUCAGGCUAGAAGUGGAUUUUAUAGCGGUGAUACGCGACAGGAUCUGAAUAUGAAUGACAAUACACUGUACUUGCAUAGUCAGGACCUGGACCAAUACGAUGGUGAUCCUAUCCAGCCGCAGCUCCAGGAAGGAUCCCAGAAGAAGUAUCUCAACGAUGCUCUGAGAGACAUGAAUUUCAUUGAAGAAUCUUUGCCGCAGACUUGGGUCGAUGCUGGUAAUAAGUAUGCAGAUGUUACCACGACUGAUUUGGGCAGCCAAAAUAUGCAGUUGUCAAAAGACCAUAAUGGAAACACAGCCGAGAAACAUCACCACAUCUUGAGCUUCUUGCAAAAGUUGAGCAUCAAGAAGAUGAAGAAAAGGCUGCGUGCUUGGUUCACCGUGUCAGAAACCACCAACAGUGAGAAUUUUCAGGGCAGUAGUGCACCACACCGAGAAAAGCCUUACAUUGUGAUGCAAGAAUCACUGAUGAAAAAUCGGUGGACCAUUGCACACUUGGUAGAAGCUCCAUGUUUUUCAAACCCAAUAUUCUUUUCAGGAGCCUACAGGGGUGGAUUAUUUACAAAAGAAAGAGUUGGUUUAAGAGCAACUCAAAAAGUAGAUCCAUUAUAG